CACGCUGCUGUGCCCAUAUCGCAGGAUGAUACCUCACACGUAUUCCUCACAUUAGUUGGAUGAUGCCGACAUGCUCGUGAGGUUUGGCAGCAAGAACUAUCGGCUACACACCUUUAGCGUCAAUAGAUCCUUAGCUACUCUUUUUAUUUUUACAGUUAUUUUCUUGUUUGUCCUGAUGCACGGCGCCAUGACUUUGCCCAUGCCUGAGCCCGGGCGGAGCUUUCAUUACGAGUAUGAAACGCUGAAGGGAUAUUUCAUGCAGAGCGAAGACGGCACGGAUUCAUCGAAGUUUGACUUUAUAAAACAGAACUUCGGGCUCAUAGACCGGGACUACGAGACAGAUGGGCAGAAUGAAGAAGAGCUGGGCCAGUGGCGAAGAUUCGAAAGAUAUGCUAGACAUUUGAACAAGAAGAGCAGGAAGGGCGAGAAAAUCAAGGUGCUCUUCCUUGGUAGGCAUGGGCAAGGCUGGCAUAACGUUGCGGAGGAGAAGUACGGCACCGAGGCCUGGGAUUGCUACUGGUCUAUGCUCGACGGCGCAGAGGGCAUUACAUGGUCUGAUGCCAACCUCACAGAAACGGGCCAGAAUCAAGCCAAAGAGGUCUAUGAGCUUUGGAAGCUAUUGCUACCGAAGGGCAUUCCGCCACCAGAGACGUAUUAUGUCAGUCCGUUGACGCGGACGAUUGAGACCGCAGAUCUCAGUUUCAAGGGACUGGGGCUUCCGAAGGAUAAGCCGUACCGUCCUGUUGUCAAAGAGCUACUACGAGAAGCAAUCGGAGUCCACACCUGCGAUCGGCGAAGCACCGCGUCCCACAUUCUCAAGAGCUUCCCACACAUACACCUCGAACCGCACUUUUCUGAGCCCGAUCCUUUCUGGACGCCCGACUAUCGCGAGCCACAGUCUGCGCGCAAGUACAGGCUCUCCCAGUUCCUCGACGACAUCUUCGAAAACGAUGACGGUGUGUUUUUGUCGCUCACAAGUCACUCGGGGGCUAUUGGGAGUGUGCUAGAGGCGGUUAGGCACAGGACAUUUGCGCUGCAGACCGGCGGUGUGAUCCCGGUGCUUCUAAGGGCACGGAGAGUGGAGGGCGGGAGGGCGAAGCCUCCUGAGGAGCCGAGCGAGGGGCCGCCGGCUUGUAAUGAGCCUCCUGUUGGGCUACCCAAUUGAUGGAGGCAUGGGGGAGGUACACAAUGUUGUAGCAACUGGUAGUGUCCUGCUGCAUGCACCACAAGACGGCGAGAUUCGGAGCGCAUCGGGUUCAUUAUGUCGGCUGCUCGUCGAAGAUAGAUACAUGAGAGCUCUAAAGCGACCUUUCAAACCUUCCCUGGCCGGCAUUGACCAAUUGUACGUACCACAGGUGGUUCACUCGGCGCUUCUAUCUCCAUCUGUCCGUAUUGAGCUGAGCUGAGCUGAGGGGCAUGCGGCUCCGAGCGGUUAUGCA